UUUAAAUUCUAGGUUUCUUCUUAUUUUCAUUCAUGUUUUUAGUUGUUGGCAUCCAGCUGAUCAUUUCAGAAGGAGAAGGAUCUGAUUUUUUCAUUUAUCCCAGAUUCAGAAGUUCAAAAGUAAGGUGCCGAGAUAAAUUUCUUAUCUGUGUGCUUGAAUGACUCGCUUAAAAAUUCUGUUUGAUGAUGAGGACUCUAAAGCCAACAGUGAACAACUCGGUCCUGUAUCGUGCAUCAAUUCGGAGAAUGUUGAAAGGCUUGGUGAGAAGGCCUUCCCUAAUGGAGAUGUCUAUGUUGGUGAUUUUAAGGAAAUUGUUCCCCACGGCAAGGGAAAGUAUACAUGGUCCGAUGGAACGGUAUAUGAGGGUGAUUGGGAAGCCGGGAAAAUGACUGGCAAAGGAACGUUACUUUGGCCAUCGGGUUCAAAAUAUAGUGGUGAUAUUUCAUGGGGUUACCUUCAUGGUUCUGGUGCUUUUACAGCAUCGGAUGGAUCUAUUUACGAAGGGCAGUGGAGGAUGAAUAUUCGACAUGGAUUUGGAAGGAAGAAGUAUUCCAAUUCAGAUAUUUAUGAAGGAGAAUGGAAGGAAGGAGUACAUGAAGGUAAGGGUGUUUAUUUUUGGAAUGAGGGUAACAAAUAUGGGAAUUGGAAACGUGGAAAGAUGCACGGUAGAGGUGUUAUGGACUGUAAUGGUGAUCAGUACAAUGGCUGUUGGACUAAUGGCUUCCGACAUGGCUCCGGAAUUUACCAGUAUGCAGAUGGGGGAUAUUAUUUUGGAAUAUGGACCAGGGGCCUUAAGGAUGGAAAAGGAGUAUUCUAUCCUGCCGGAAGUAAACGCCCCUCUCUAAAGAAGUGUUGUAUGUCUAUGGGAUAUGAUAAUGGCAAUAAAAAUGUGUUAUCACAAUGUUCAUCGCUACAUUUGGAGGACCGUAUGGUCAAGAAACCAAGUGUUAAGCGUAGCCUCUCAGAAAAACUAUCAGGAAGUGGAAGUCUAAAAGGUUCGGGUCGUAUCUCACGCAAGAGUGGUGAAAAUUCUGGAUUUUCUGAUUCUGGAAGAGAAUUUGUACACCAUAAUUCCUCAGGCACAUUUUCCCUUGAUUCUGAUGCUGGCCAAAGUGAGGUGCAAGAAAAUACAGCUGUAGUUUAUGAGAGGGAAUACAUGCAAGGAGUUAUGAUUAAAGAACGAAUAAGAAAUUAUGCCGAUUUGUCAAAGAAAGAUGAAAAGCAAACUAAAUCCGUUGGCGAAAGAACACAAAAGAGUUCAUGUGUUAGCAUUUUCAAAGGCCAAAACAGUUAUCAUUUGAUGCUUAAUUUGCAACUUGGUAUAAGGUAUACUGUCGGCAAGAUAACACCGGUGCCUAAGCGUGAUGUUCGAGCUGCUGAUUUUGGUGAUCGAGCUAGAAUUACUAUGUUUUUCCCCAGAAGGGGUUCACAGUUUACCCCUCCGCACAAAUCUAUUGAUUUCUACUGGAAGGAUUAUUGUCCUAUGGUUUUCAGGCAUCUUAGGGAGUUGUUCAAGCUAGAUGCAGCAGAGUACAUGAUGUCCAUUUGCGGUGAUGAUGGCCUGACGGAGAUUUCUUCUCCAGGGAAAAGUGGCAGUCUUUUCUAUCUAUCUCAUGAUGAUAAAUUUGUGAUUAAGACCUUGAAAAAAUCUGAACUCAAGGUUUUACUCAAGAUGCUACCUAAAUACCACAAUCAUGUCAAAGAGCACGAAAAUACUCUCAUAACGAAAUUUUUUGGCCUUCACCGGAUAACUUUACCAGGCAGAAGAAAGGUGCGCUUUGUGGUAAUGGGGAAUAUGUUUUGCACAGAACUGCGUAUUCAUCGCCGAUAUGAUCUAAAGGGAUCAACUCAUGGAAGAUUUACAGAUAAAGAUAAAAUUCACGAAAACACUACGUUAAAGGAUUGUGAUUUGUCAUAUGAAUUUCUUAUGGACAAAUCAUUGCGGAAAUUCCUUUUUCAACAAAUUACUGUGGACAGCGCAUUCUUGAAAUCCCAACAGAUAAUUGAUUACAGCCUUCUUUUGGGAUUACAUUUUAGAGCUCCUGAGCAACUCAAUGGCCUUGUAGAACCUCCCAACAUGAUGCCUAGUAUGGAGAACUCUCUUGCUGGCCAAGGUGUGACCCCAGAUGAAGUGUUAUUUCCUUCAAAAGGUUUGGUGCUGCUGGCCCAUGAACCCAGCUCCGUUAACACCGAUCCAGGUCCUCAUAUAAGAGGAAGAGCAUUAAGAGCAUUCUCUUUGGGCGACAAGGAAGUCGAUGUUUUAGUGCCUGGUACUGGAAGGUUACGGGUGCAAUUAGGAGUAAAUAUGCCAGCGCAGGCUACUCGUAAGCUUUCCCAAGAUGAGUCCGAUUCGGCCGAAGUUGAACUUUUUGAGGUAUAUGAUGUGGUUCUCUACAUGGGAAUAAUUGAUAUUUUACAGGAAUACAAUGCAAAGAAAAAGGCAGAGCAUGCAUGCAAAUCAGUGAAAUUCGACCCCACGUCGAUAUCUGUUGUGGAACCCGAGCUGUAUGCUAAACGUUUCACUGAUUUCUUGGAACAAAAAGUUUUCCCUGAACGACCAUGAAUACAAGUCAUGUACAUUCAUCUCUUGUUACCAUUGCUGCUUCAUUCCUUUCUCUACUUUUGUCCUUUUGACAAUUCUUUUUCCACUUGUAAAAUGAUCAUCGUCUACACCAGUUGUACUGCUAUGGUAGAGUUCUUAGUAAAUGAGUUCACAUUUUUACCCCUCUUACCCUCUCUGUAUAUGUAU